UUAUGAACUCCGCUCAGGCAGGAACAGAGAGCAACAUCAGUAAUUGUGGUUAUUCUCGUUGUUCACACGUCUGUCACUAAAAGCAUUUCAUUGUGCAUCACUGAACUUUCCUGACAUUUUCAGCACGAUGACAUUGAGUUGACAAAAGUCCAAAAAUAAUCCGCCGACUCGUACCGAGUGACGUUAAGUUAUGUUGUGUUACUUUGAUGACGUCAAAGACUCGUCCAAAAAGGCUCAUUACCAUUCAUUUCAGUUUCGGGUUUCAGGUUCAUGAGCUUUUACGAAUAAAACAAAUCAUGUGCCUAUCUUUGAAAGACCAGUUUCGUCGUAGAAAUCUAUGGCCAUGUGAUGCAGAUAUCGCUGAUUUUUCUUCGUCAAUGUGGCUAACCGGCCGCGCUUUUAUUGUAUACCGAGUGGUCCUGGCACUAUACACUACAGCAAUGACAGUACUUGCUGUGAUUGAGAGGCAAUACCAGGGUCUAAAAUGGUUGAUCUUCCUCACGAAUUGGAGCUACACGUUCAUUAAUCUACAUUUUGUCACUCAAGCGUUUCUUGUGUAUUAUUACCAAACGGUACAGCCCAACAGUAACGGAAGUGACAGUGACGGAAGUAACAGUGACGGAAGUAACAGUAACGGAAGUAACAUUAACGGAAUGAACAUUAAAGGAAGUAACAAAGAAUACGAGGAAGAAAGUGAAAGCGAUGAUAACUCUGAUGACGAACAAUUCAUAUUCAGUGUCGAACCACAACUUCCAUUAGCUUGCAAGGUAUCAUGGAUCAUUUGUGACAUCGCUUCAAACAUUGCCUUUCCAGUGACCGUGAUGUUUUGGAGCCUAGUCUACAAACCUGGAGAUUUUGACUUCGUAACGUUGAAUUCGCACGCUCUGAACUCUGUGCUUAUUGUUAUCGACAUCAUGGUAAGCUCUAUUCCGAUCAAGUUAUUGCACGUUAUUUACCCAAUCAUAUUCAUUACUGUUUAUAUGAUAUUUUCCAUUAUUUACUGGGCCUGUGGGGGAACAAAUCCAUAUGGCGAGCCGUACAUCUACCCUGCUCUUGACUACAGUGGACAUCCAAAGAGGGCUGCUAUAAUUAUUUGCUUGUUUCUUUUUGUUGGUAAUGCAAUGUCGCAGUUGCUUCUGUUUGGACUUUACGAGCUGCGCUUGAAGUUGAACCGCUCUUGGAAUCGACUAAUUUGAACAGUUAACCGGAAAAAAGAACCUGAAUUGGAACUGGACAUUUCUCCUUAAUGGUUUUAGGCUUGUAUUUUUUUUGCCAAAUUUCGGAGUGCCUUCGAAUGCCAAUAGAUUCAACUUACGUGCUUUUUUUUCUUUCAACGCAAGCAUUAUGUCUUUUUGGUGUAUUUGAACCUGUAUUGAGCGGUCACAUGCGGGGAGUGGCAGGGUGACCGCUUGAUACAGAGCGACCGCCUGAUACAAGUUCCACUGAAUAGGGGUAUUUUAAAAUAAGGAUAAAAAUCGCCAUCUUAUGCCUUAAUUGACUGGUAAAUUUACAAAAACUCGCUUAAAAGUACUACUAAAACUGCUUUCUGAGAUCUGAGAGAUCUUAGAGAUUUCGGAGUCUCCCCGACUCCGGUGACUCGUCUCAUCUUCUCACGGGCGGAGAAACGCACGUCCUGUAGUACUAUUAAUGAGGUCUUGCUCGCAGGCUAUGUAUUGUUUUGUUCUAUCUUACACUGUAAUCAGUUUUUUUUUUAUUAUAAAGAACUAAUUAACGUCUGUUAGCAUUAGUACCACUCUGUAAGAGAUUUUAUUUAUCUCGCUGUGAGGGGGAGGGUUGGAUGAUCCCCACUACAUGUUCCGUUUAUCAAGUAGGCGUUGCCUCUUAUUGAUAGAUUCAUUCGAUGACGAGAAUCGUGAUUGACUUUAAUUCUACAAAUUAAUUUAAAAGCGUUAGGUUAUUAUGUUUAAAAUCAGUUUUUCAGCAGAAUCGAAAUGAGAAAGAAGUUAUUUUUGUUAUUAUUUCUCUGUCUAAAUCCGCUUACCUGGAGAAUCUGCUAACUUGUAAAGUGACACUGUUGUAACGACCCGUCACAGAAGUAAUUUCACAUUGAAGUUUUUUAAUUUUGCUAUGAGAUAAAGACCUGAUUUGCGUUUGUUCUGAUUGCAAAUAAUA